CGGGCGCUGACCCGGAACUGCUGAGCGGCGCGGGAAUCCCCCGCAAAGGGCUCGGCCUUGCGUCUCCAGGGCGCCGCCCCGCGGCCGUGGCGGGAACACCCGAACCCGGGCGCACGCCCGCGGGAGCCCGAGGCCGCCCGGAGGCCCGGGGACACGGUGAGGCGGGCGGACCGGCUGGCCGGUGACUUCGGGAGCCGCUGGGGUUCGAGCGCCGAGCCUGCAGCUCACGCCCCAGCUCGCGGCCGCCGAGGAGAGCGCGGGAAGCCGCCCCGCGCACUUGGGAGGCUCAAAGCCAGCCUGGUCUACAUAGCUAGUUCCAGGACUGCUGGGGCUGUUAGACAGAGAAGCUCUGCCUCAAACCCCUGUCCCAACCGCAACUCCCAAAUAAGGUUGACUGCUGAUACUGCUCAACUUAAUAUCCUAAAGCUGCUAUGGCAUAAAAAGUCUUUGGGGCAAAAAAGAGUGCCUGUUUGAAGAAUGGCAGAAGCAGUCUUGAUUGAUCUCUCUGGUUUACAGUUGGAUGCACAGAAAAACUGCCAUGAGACCUUACUGGAGACACUGGACGGUAUUCACUACCACCACACUCCCAAGGCCAAGUUCCUUUGCAUAAUAUGUUGCAGAAAUGCCAGCAAGGAAAAGGAUGGGGAGUAUGGCCUCUGUGUAUUGGAAGCAGGAAAUGGCUUAUCACGUCUCGAGGGAAAAUAUGAGACUGUUAGCCAUCCCAGCCUGGCUGCCUCUUUGUAUACAAUUAAACAGAAAAUUGAUGAAGAAAACCUGAGUUGCAUUAAGGUGAUUGUCCCCGAGCACAGGAAACUGUUAAUGAAGGCUUACGUUGGCCAACUCUUCACCGAGGUGUAUGAGUUUGAGUUUGAAGAUUUACAGUUAGCUUGGAGGGAUGGCCUUUUGAAACCAUCCACUGGAAUAAACGUGACCACAACUCAUGAACUAGAAGACAUCCAGCGUGAAAUAGAAACAUACUUGAGAAGCCUGCCAGCGCUGAAAGGGGACCUAACUAUUGUCACGUCUCCUCUGAUCCCAGACAUCUUCCUGCAUGGAUUUACCACACGGACAGGGGGCAUAUCUUCUGUACCCACUCUCAGCUCCCUCAAUCUUUUCAGUAGUUCCAAAAGGAGAGAUCCCAAAGUCGUUGUUCAAGAAAAUGUUCGUAGGUUGGCAAAUGCUGCAGGAUUUAACGCAGAGAAAUUUUACCGAAUAAAGACUGAUCACGCCAGUGAAGUGUGGGUUAUGGGGAAGAAGGAGCCUGAAUCUUAUGAUGGGAUCGUCACAAAUCAGAGAGGAGUCACAAUCACUGCUCUUGGCGCCGACUGUAUACCCAUCGUCUUCGCAGAUCCUGUGAAAAAGGCGUGUGGGGUUGCUCACUCCGGCUGGAAAGGUACAUUGUUGGGUGUGGCUAUGGCUACUGUGAAUGCUAUGAUAGCAGAAUAUGGCUGUGAUGUGGAAGACAUUAUGGUUGUUCUGGGACCUUCAGUGGGAUCUUGCUGCUUCACUCUUCCCAAAGAGUCAGCAGUCUCUUUUCACAGUCUUCAUCCUUCAUGUGUGAGACAGUUUGACUCAGCGAGACCCUACGUUGACAUCCGAAAAGCCACCAGGAUUCUUCUAGAAAGAGGAGGAAUUCUUCCACAGAACAUUCAAGACCAGAAGGAAGAUCUUGACCUCUGCACGUCCUGCCAUCCUGAGAAGUUUUUCUCCCAUGUCCGAGAUGGCCUUAACUUCGGUACACAGAUUGGCUUCAUAUCCCUUAGAGAAUGAGAUUCUUGGCUGGAAUUUUGCAUAAAUGUUUCCUGCAUCCUUCCACACUGGCUGCAAAAGAAAAUACUUAGCUUUUUGAUUUAUAUAAAACCAUGAGGAUUACAAAAGAUAAUUCAUCUUUAGGGUAUGCUCUCACUGUUAUCCAAAGCCCAGUGAUCUUGGUCUAAUUCUUAUGACAACUGAUGAAAAAAACCCAAUGCGAUGUCAUUCUUGAGUUUAAUUCUCUGUAUUUGUCUAUAAAUCAAGGCCAGGGCUGUUCAGUUAAGUAUUUGGUAGAUGCCAACUUUUGUUUAGGAAUGGAGCCCAGCACAGGGAAUUGAAAUGAAGACAGCUUUCUCAUUUGAAGCAGAUGCAGCAGGGAGAUACAUACUUUCUUAGGUUUCCUUAUGGCAUUCUCAAGCGCCAUGUUUUUGCUGAUCCUUCCCCUCCCCUUCCCUGUCCCCUUGUGUCCCCUUCAACUCCCAGUAGCCCCUCUUUCCUGUCUCAUGGGCUUUAAUAUUUCUCCCUUUCUCAGUCCUCUUUUUAUGUUCCCUUUCUAGUAUCAACACCUAUAUCCACACCUAGGACCACAAAUUUACAGAUACAUAUAUAUGUAUGUUUACAUAAACAGUAAAAGUUAGAAUUUAUAUUUAUAUAUAAGAAAAAAAAAACAUGCAGUGUUUGUUAUUCCCAGUCUGGAUUAUUUUGGCCAGCAUAAAAUAAUUCCAGAUCUCUCAAUUUUCCUACAAGUUUGAUAACUUCAUUAUGGCUAAAUAAAAUAUUGUGUGUAUGAACUGUA